AUGGGUAAAUCUCAAUCGAAGCUCUCAGCGGAGCAAAUCACCGAACUUCAGAAAUCCACCCACUUUGAUAAGAAGGAAUUGCAACAAUGGUAUAAAGGUUUCCUGAAGGACUGCCCAUCGGGCAUGCUCACCAAGGAGGAAUUUCAAAAGAUUUACCGGCAGUUCUUCCCAUUUGGAGAUCCAUCGUCUUUUGCAGACUAUGUAUUCAACGUUUUCGAUAGCGACAAAUCAGGUUCGAUCGACUUUAAAGAGUUUAUCUGCGCCUUAAGUGUCACCAGUCGAGGAAAGAUGGAGGAUAAACUAGAUUGGGCGUUCCAGCUAUAUGAUAUUGACGGAGAUGGAAAGAUCAGCUAUGAAGAGAUGUUAGCGAUUGUAGAGGCAAUUUACAAGAUGGUUGGCUCUAUGGUCAAGCUUCCACCUGACGAGGACACCCCUGAGAAGCGAGUCAAGAAGAUCUUCCGCAUGAUGGACAAAGAUGAGAAUGGCAGUCUGGAUAUGCAGGAAUUCAAAGAAGGGAGCAAACGUGAUGAGACAAUUGUAUCCGCCCUUUCGCUCUACGACGGUCUUGUUUAG